CAUGUCUAAGUCUACCCACAGUUUCUCCCCAAACCCUCCUCUACUUUUACGAUCUUCUUCUUCUUCACACCGCUAGUUUGCUCCAAAACUUCUUCUUCUUCUCUUUCAAUUCUUGUGUUUCUUCUUCUUCUUUCUACUCUUUCUUCUUUCGAUUCAGCUUCUUCUCUCUUUAUUCCUUUCAUGGCGCGAGGUAGAAAGCGGCGCCAACCGGUGACUGUCGCCGAGGGUCGGGAAACUGAAGGGAACGUUGAAAAUACUGAAACUAAUAGCGGGGUUGGUCAUGGAGGGACUGAAGUUGGAGUAAUUGACAAGGGUUUUUUGGGCGACGGCGAAAACGAGGUGCAAUGUGAGACGAAGACGGAAGAAGGGGAAACCCUGCAGCGGAAUGAAGGGGAGGACAAUGGUGAGGAGCAGAAGGGUGGUUCUGUUGGUGAGAAAAAUGGCCAAUUGGAACGUAGGGUUUCUACUCAAUGUUCGUCGAUGAGUUUGAGAAAGAAGGCGAGAGUUUCGUACAACGAUGAGGUUUACGAGUUUGAUGAUGAUGAUGAUGAUGAAGAGGAGAUUCCUUUUAAAAAGCCUGGGCGAAGGGGUAGGAAAAAGAAGUUAUUUUCUUCGAAUCGGAAUGUAUUGGACGAGGAAGAAAAACAGAGUCCGGUAGAGGAAGACGAAGCAUAUGAUGUCAGGGAGAGAAAAUCUGGUGUUUCUGGAACUAGGAGAGGUUCUUCUAGAAGGAAACGUGGUGGAAGAUGUGCGCUAAGAACGGAAAGUUUUGUUAAACCAGAGGGCGAGAAGAAAAUCAAUAAGUUGGAUCCGGAAUUCAUCGCGAAUAUAUCUUUAAUGUGCCAUCAGUGCCAGAGGAACGAUAAAGGCCGUGUGGUACGUUGUACUAAAUGUAGGAGGAAGCGAUAUUGUAUCCCUUGUUUGCAGAAUUGGUACCCUCAUACAUCAGAAGAGGCAAUUGCAGAAUCUUGUCCCGUUUGCUCUGGGAAUUGCAAUUGUAAAGCAUGUUUGCGUUUAGAUGUUCCUGUUAACAAUUUGAAGAACAUGGAACCAGUAGACACAGAAGACAGCAAGGUCGAGCAUGCAAAAUAUGUACUAUGUAAACUCCUACCAUUUCUAAAACGGCUAAAUGAAGAACAGAUGUUGGAGAAAAAAGAGGAGGCUACAAGGCUAGGUUUGCCUCUUCAUGAUCUGAUGGUGGAGAAGGUAGACUGUGAAGAAAAUGAGCGAAUGUACUGCGACAUUUGUAGAACAUCAAUUUUUGAUUUUCAUCGAACAUGCGUUUCUUGUAAUUUUGACCUUUGUAUCAACUGUUGCCGAGAAAUCCGUGAAGGAGAUAUGCGGUGUUGUGAGAAAAAAGAGAUAAUACCAUAUAUUAAUCGAGGGUUUGAGUACUUGCAUGGUGGAGGACAUAAAAAAGAAAAAAGAGGUAAAGCCAAAGUGCUUGCCGAAUCUUCUCCUAGAGAUGACGUGGAAUCAACAUUCAUAUGGAAAGCAGAAAAAGAUGGAAGGGUUCCUUGUCCACCACCCAACUUGGGUGGUUGUGGUAAUGGUUUUCUAGAGUUAAGAUGUAUAUUGGAAGAUUCAAUCUCUAAAUUGGUGGAUGAAGGCGAGGAGAUUGCCAGAACCCACAAGAUAAUGGAUGUGGAUGAAACUGCAGGAAAGUGGUGCUCAUGCUUUAACUCAGCUGGUGAAAUUGAUCUUGAGAGUGGUAUGUUGAAGAAAGCUGCUUCGAGACAAGGUUCAAGUGAUAAUUAUUUAUAUUGUCCUAGGGGCAGGGAUAUUCAAGCUGGAGACGUAAAGCAUUUUCAGUGGCAUUGGUGCAAAGGUGAGCCUGUGGUUGUUAGCAAUGUUCUUGAAACUACAUCGGGCUUGAGCUGGGAACCUCUUGUCAUGUGGCGUGCCUUCCGCCAAAUUACACAUACGAAACAUAGUCAACAGUUGGAAGUCAAGGCCAUUGAUUGCCUGGAUUGGUGUGAGCUUGAUGUCAAUAUCCACAAAUUCUUUAUUGGUUAUACAGAUGGUCAGUUUGAUGCAAAAUUGUGGCCUCGGAUACUGAAACUCAAGGACUGGCCCCCAUCUAAUCAUUUUGAGGAAUGCUUGCCCCGUCAUAAUGCUGAAUUUAUCAGUUGUUUACCUUUUAAGGAAUAUACACAUCCUUCUAAAGGCAAUCUAAAUCUUGCUGUUAAUUUGCCGGAUAAAUCUCUAAAACCUGAUAUGGGACCUAAGACAUAUAUUGCUUAUGGAGUUGCACAGGAGCUUGGUCGUGGGGAUUCUGUUACCAAGCUUCACUGUGAUAUGUCUGAUGCAGUAAAUGUUCUUACUCAUGCUACCAAGGUCACACUUCAGCCUGAGCAUUUACAUAGUAUCAAAGAAUUAAAAGCAAAACAUCUUGCACACGACCAGGAAGAAAUUUAUGGUGCUAUGACAGAUCUUAAUAUUGUUGAUGAAAGCAAGUUUUGCAUUGACCCCUCUAGCAUUUCCGAAAAUGGAAAGGAACAUGUUUGUGAAGUUGGUCAUCAAAACAAUAAUUCAGUAUUGGAGGAUGCAUCAAGCCCUAAGAGAGGUGAUGAGGAAGAGGGCGAUCUUCGAAAUUUGAACAAACACAAUGGAACUGGCCCUGAUGAGUCUGUAAAGGUAAAUCUAGCCGAAGAAACUUGUAGCGAAGCGAAAAUAUCAGAAGAAAUGGGAAGUUUGGAUGUAUCUGAUGGUGGUGCACUGUGGGACAUUUUUCGUAGGCAAGAUGUUCCCCUACUGCAGCAAUAUCUCAACAAGCAUUUCAGAGAAUUUAGGCACAUUCAUGCCGGUCCUGUACCACAGGUGUUUCAUCCCGUGCAUGAUCAGUCAUUUUAUUUGACUUUGGAACACAAACGAAAGCUCAAGGAGGAAUAUGGAAUUGAACCUUGGACAUUUGUCCAAAAUCUGGGAGAUGCUGUCUUUAUUCCUGCUGGUUGUCCUCAUCAAGUCAGAAACUUAAAGUCAUGCAUAAAGGUUGCUUUGGACUUUGUGUCACCCGAGAAUGUUAAAGAGUGCAUCCACUUGACUGAAGAAUUUCGCAGGCUUCCGUCAAAUCAUUGGGCUAAGGAGGACAAGUUGGAGGUCAAGAAAAUGAGUGUUUAUGCUAUGAAAGAGACAAUUGCUUGUUUGAAGGGAGAGAGCAAGUGUUCUUUUCCACAAAAAAAAAGAAAAAGGGGGAAGAGCAAGUGAUGCAGACCAAGAUUUGUCUAAUAUAGGAUAUUUCUUAUGAGCCUUGGGGUGAUCCUGUGAACAGAAGACUCUGCACCAGGUUUCAGUUGGUAUAAAAGAUGUUUCAUCCUGAGCCUUUUGUGAUGCCAACUAUUUUGUAGCAAUAGAACUAUGCCCCAUACAUUUUGUAUAAUGAUUCAUUGGCCCUUUUACUCACAUGUAUGAUAUAGUUUAAGAGUAACUAAUGCCGCUAUGUCAUUUAUCAGCGAUGAGAAUUCGGGUAUCGCUUUCGAUCUUUUUGGCAUUUUUUGUAUAGGUAACAUUACUGGCCAUAAUGAGAAAGUCAAAUCCACAAGCAUGUAUGUUUUGGAAACUUCACUCUCUAUGGUAAUUGUAUUUUCCGUUAGGUCUGUAUUGUUUUCGACGGUUAUUAGGAUGAAUUGUACUCGGGCGUUGUGUUUGGAGCUAA